AUCGCGAGUACCCGAAGCCCCGAAGCCUCGAAGCCGUGUAACGACGGAGAAAUAAAAAAGCGCAAUUGUAAAGAAUUAGCGGUCCGUGACUCGUUACUCAUGAACUCCUCACUUUUCUAAAGUACAAACAAGUUUGAAAAAUCACAAAUUAGUUUAAAAGUUAAAGAAUUAAGAAACAAAGAAAAAUAUAAAUAAUGUCUCACGGUGGCCGCAACGAGUGCCGAAUUUAUGUGGGUAAUUUGCCACCGGACAUAAGGACCAAGGAUAUUCAGGAUCUUUUUUACAAGUUUGGCAAAGUCACCUUUGUUGACUUGAAAAAUCGUAGAGGACCACCUUUCGCAUUCGUCGAAUUCGAUGACCCGAGAGAUGCUGAAGAUGCGGUACACGCGAGAGAUGGCUACGAUUAUGACGGUUAUAGACUCAGAGUGGAAUUCCCAAGAGGAGGAGGCCCAAGUAAUAAUUUCCGUGGUGGUCGUGGUGCCGGAGAUAGCGGUCGAGGAGGACGCGGUGAAAUGAGUAAUUCUCGAGGACGCGGCCCUCCGGCAAGACGAACUCAGUAUAGAGUCCUCGUGACAGGAUUGCCACCAUCCGGAAGUUGGCAAGAUCUCAAGGAUCAUAUGCGCGAAGCCGGUGACGUUUGUUUUGCUGAUUCUUAUAAAGACGGAACCGGAGUCGUCGAAUUUUUGCGCUACGAGGACAUGAAGUAUGCUGUGAAAAAAUUGGACGAUUCGAGAUUUAGAUCUCACGAGGGUGAGGUGACUUACAUACGUGUAAAAGAGGAUCACAGCGGAGGCGACAGAGGUCGUAGCGAGGAUCGCGAGAGAGGCCGAAGUCGUUCACGAAGCUACAGUCCGAGACGUCGUGGAACGCCAACGUAUUCGCCACUUCGACGCAAUUAUUCGCGUUCAAGAUCCCGUUCCAGGUCUCGCUCUUACGACUAGUGUGUGUACGUAUACCGAUCCACAUGAUAAUACAUAAGCAAAAAACAAAGCCAGAAAAAGCAAAGAAAAAAGAAGGUUCAAACAAGCGGAAAUGGCCAAUAAUUUACUUUGCCGAUAUUUCAUUUUUAUGCAGGUUCUCGAAUAUCGCUCGCCCAAAGUAACCUUCCAAUCCAAAUAUUAGAUUUGACGAUGUUGAUGACACGGCUUACCGUGUAUUUUUUUACGGCUUUCGUUAUUUUUCUUUUUUUUCUGUUAGCACUCGUUUCGCGGAAACUCUCGAAGGAUUAAAAUAAUUAUUUCGUUCAUUGUUUUCCAUAUUGUUUCUUCCCGAUUAUAUUGCACGAAAUGAGUAUUUUUUUUCUCACACGUUCAUUCUCAUCUUCACGUUUUUGCCAUUACGACUCGAGCGUACUCAACACAAAAUAUAUAAAAGCAAUCAAAUUGUCUCGUUCUUCUCGUAAAUCGGCGUCAUGAAGUUCGCUCGCGAAUACACAUUUGAGAAUUUCGAAAAACAAUUCUUUUCUUCUGAAAAGAAAGAUGAACAAAGCACAAUUUGUCAAUUUAUCGAUCCAUAUUUCCAGGAGCGAUUACGGUUGUUCCCUAAUUUUUUUAAAUUUCUCCAUUUGUUCAUAACGUCUAUUGAAAACCUCCAUUUUGGAGCAUGUCGAGGAUCUUGCGUAUGUCUAUCGUCAUUCGAUUUACUUGGGAGUCGGUUUUAGUUCGACAUCUCCAUUCUGUAAGUAAUUCAGUUCUUCUAUUUGUAUUCAUUUCUCUACAAAAUUAUAUUAACGCAGUUGUGUAAUGUUAAAUCGAUAUUUCUGAUAUUAUUCAUCAAGAAAUACAAAAUCUAUCAAAAAAAUGAAUAAUGAAACGCUUGAUCCUCGUACAAAUGUAAAUAUUGACGUGAUCGCUCAUUGAAAAAUUGACAAAAAAUUAUGUGCCCUGACGAUUACAAACGAGUCGAAAAAUUGGUAGUUGUAAUUCCCAUUUUUUAACUUUUUCAACGUAUCAGAGAAAGGAAGAGAGACUGAGAGAGAGAGAGAGAGAGAGAGAGAGAGAGAGAGAGAGAGAAAGGGAUGGGAAAGGAGUGAAAGAGAAAGAGACAACGUAGCGUGCGUGAAAUUUAUUUGUAAAUAUUGAAAAAUAACGAGGCAAAAUUAAUCGACGAUUGAUCUUCGAGAAAGACGAAUUUAUUGAACAGGUCAUUCGUUCGUUCGAUCGCGCCAAAAAUUCGCAAAUUUUGUACGCGACAAAAUAAAAAGGAAAAAAAACGUUACGAAUCCGACACUCGCAAUUUGACAUCGCUUUAGAUAAAUUAGCAUUAGUUCUCGUGUUGAAUGAACGAGCAUUGAGAAACUUGAAAGCAUAAAAUACGAGUUUUCGUUGAUUUCGCGAUUCAACACUCGCAUUAUUGUUCAUCAUAAAUUUCUCGACAAUUUCUUUUCCUUGCGAAGAAUAUAAAAGAGACGAGUGAAGUAAAUUGCUUCUCAAACAAAAAAUAAACAGCGUAACAUUGUAUCGAUGCUGAUCCUUCAAAAUAUCGGUUCCAUUGGAAGUUCGUACCGAAACGAUAAGAAUAAUAAUUUAAAAAAAAUGGAAAGGCAAACAAAUAACUAAAUCGACGUAGAUCGAUCCUGUGGUUUCUGAAACUUGAUUAUUUCAUCGAAUUGCCUAUAUUUUAAUUUGAAAAAUCGAAUAAUAUUUCUAUGAAUUCGAAUAAAACUGCUUCUGCACUGAUCUUAAAGGCGGACAACCUACUUUUCAAGUUCGCUAGUUAUUCGUUGUAUCCUCAAGGAAAUCACAGGUAUCCCGAUCGCGUCCAUCAAGUCGAUAUACAAAAUAAAUAAUAUUAAUGAUAAUAUUGAAUGAAAAAAAAAGAAAACUAACAUUAUGACAUAUUGUAUUAAGAAGACUAAUGUAUUUUUUCUCUUUUGUAUAUUGGAUUGGAUUGUAACACAAUGAAUGAAAAACUGAAACCCGACACGAUCUUACUUCUUGGAUGGAUUAUGUACACGUUGACGCAUUGACGAUGAUGGCAAUUGAGAGAGAUGGAAAUGCGUUUUGGACGGAUUUAUAUAUUCGGAGACAAUAAUAUAUAUAAGAAGGAUUCUAAGAGCAUAGAGGGAGAAAUACGGAUAAGGAGAGACGUAAUAAGGAAUAUGCGUAAAACAAGAGGAUAUUAAGAAUAAGAAGGAGGAGGAGGAGGAGGAGGAUGAGAAGGAUUUAAAAAAAUCAGAAAUUCCGAUGGUUCUGUUUGAUUGGACCAUUUGCGAGGAUUUUUAUAGCUGGAUUUUUCAUCGAGACGAGCUCACGAGCAAGCCCGAUUGCAAGGAUAUCAAGCAAUAACGCUUAUCCCUGUAAAUCACAAAUAAUGAAAAAAAGCCCUCAAUUAUUAUCGCAGCCACGUGACCGCGAAGGUGCAAUUUUUAAAGUUUAAACACACUCAUCAAGUUUUCUUUUCUUCCUCCAUUAUUAUAUUACGUUUUCACCUUCUAUUUUUUUCCAAUUUUUUGAGGUUUUAUCGAUGCACGAAAACCCGAACCGAAACAAAACAAAUUCAAUAACUUGUGCGCGUAAUCGUUUUAAUGGUCUCAAUUAAAUCGAGAGGUGCCCACGAGGAUUAAACUGAUUAUUGCUAAAACGAAAAACACUCGAAGGACUUGCUUCGUUAAAUGUGAGAAAACAAAAAACUUUCUCGCACUUUGCAAGAUACGUUUCGUUAAUUCAGUCUAUGAUUUUUUCUUUAAACUCAAAUCGCACGUUGCUCCGAUUGCUUGAUCAUUGAAUGAUAAAAAAAAAAAAAAAAAAAAAAAAACAACAACAAAAACAGAAAGUAAUACAUAGUGUUCUCGAUGUGCGACGGUUUCCGUUGGUGCUUCGUUGUUCAUUGACCGGGACACAUAAAAAUUAAUACUUAUUUACACACUCAGGGAUACACAGAGGAUUGAAAUGAAUCGUGGACAAGAGGAUUUAACGGGAUAAAUCGUUGAAAAAAAGAGCUUCGCGUCUCGAUGGGAACUUACUACCUAGUUUUAGAAAAAUGGGCUUUUGGUAAAGAAAAAACGAAAACAAAGUAUCGUUCUUAAUAUAAAAAAAAAAAAAGCGGCGAUGGACGUGUCGUGUGAGGGAAAGAAAUGGAUCGCACCAUAUUUAUCGGAAUGUAGGAGCUUCGCGGGAUUUGUUAACACUAAGCGAAAGGAUCUUUUGGAUAAGGAUUAUCUCUCGCCGGACGUCUGUUGCCUGGAUUAUAAUAUUAAUUUAAAAAAAAAAAAAAAAAAAAAAAAGAAACCGAAUGGACACUUUGCGGAGAUCUUUGAGAUGUUCGUCGCCGGACGAUGCAGGAUUUAAAAAAAAUGGCAGGAUUGUCUAUAAUCGUCAAUCUUGUGCGCGCUUAUGGAAAAGAGAAAAAAACACAGAUACCGUAAAAAUAAUUGAUAAUUUCGUCCCGCGCGAAUAACGCUUCGACGAACUAGGAUUUACUCUACCGGAUCUCGUUACGUUCUCUAUACUAAGUUUGGAUUCGCAUUAUUCGCACGGAUACGACGAGAGAAGGAUCGGAUUUCUUGAUUUCAGGUAUUUGCCAUUCCUCGAAUCAUCAAUCAACCCGUUUUCCUUUUUUUCCACUCUUUUUUCCUCCUCUGUUGUUUUUUUCUCUUCCAAAGUUUAUGGCAAUUUUGAAGAAAACUUUUGUCGCAUGUUGUGCUUUGAAUUAUCUGUUUUUCACGUCUUCACUCGAAGCACUGUUUUUUCCAUAGAGCACUAAAGAGGAAAGCGAAAGGGCCUUUAACUUAGAAGUUUGGGAUGAAGUUAUUAUUUGUUUUUCCACACUUAUUAGAACAGAGCGGGGAUUUUUCAGCACUGCCCUUUAAUGCUUUGCCUUUACUUUACAAAUACAACUAAAAUUUUAUCAUGUUUUUCGUUUUCGGGAUUCGUUGCACUCCAAUUUAAUACGAAUCCAAAUUUAUUUCGUGUAUCUUGACUUUGUAACGAUUUUCUCUAGGGUAGAGCUACUUCCAAGCAUGAUUGUUCCAAAAGGCACAUGUAUAUGCGAAGAGAAAAAAAAUUACCAUUUUCCAGAACACCUCGGGAUUUGCAGAAAAGGAGAAGAUUUCCUCUGCGAAUCGUUCUUCUUUUUUUUUAUGGACAUUUUUUAUCACAGAAAUAACCAUAUUAAUUCAACGUGUUUCACGGACUUUCAAUCCUCUAGAUCUGACGACAACCCCUUUGCUGAGCUUGAAUAAAUAAAUACAUUUUUUAAAUUGCAAA